AUGGAUGAUGAGAAAAAGAAUGAAGGAGAGAAGUUAGAUGAGGUAAUGCUACCAGGGUUUCGGUUUCAUCCAACAGAUGAGGAGCUUGUAGGAUUUUAUCUCAAGAGAAAGAUUCAACAACGUCCUCUUUCUAUUCAGCUUAUCAAGCAGCUUGAUAUUUAUAAAUAUGAUCCAUGGGAUCUUCCAAAGUUUGCAAGCAGUACUGGGGAAAAAGAGUGGUAUUUCUAUUGUCCACGGGACAGAAAAUAUAGAAAUAGUGCAAGACCAAAUAGAGUGACGGAAGCUGGGUUUUGGAAGGCGACGGGAACUGACCGUCCGAUCUACUCAUCAGAAGGAAGUAAAUGCAUAGGAUUGAAGAAAUCAUUGGUGUUUUACAAAGGUAGAGCUGCUAAAGGUGUUAAAACUGACUGGAUGAUGCAUGAGUUUCGCCUUCCUACCCUUGCUGAUUCCACCAUUUCCAAAACAUACUGCCUUCAUAAAAACUUUCCUGCUAAUGAUUCAUGGGCAAUAUGCAGGAUAUUCAAGAAAACAAGCCCUAUAACUCCAAGAACUAUUUCUCACUCUUGGGUAUCUUCAACCAUACCUAAACCUAAUCCUCCUCAUACACAAACACAAUCAUCUCUAAGCAACCCUACCUUAAACCCUGAAUACAUCAUUAAACCUAAUAAUAAUACUUCAAUGCAACCAAACCCUAACAACUUCAAUGAGUUAGAAAAAAUUUUGCAAUCACCAAAUUAUAACAUGUCAUUUUUAGAUCACAUAAUACCAACCUUGAAACCCUUUUGCUCUACAACUAGUAAUUACAAUCCCAAUAAGACAUUAUCCAACAAUAAUAAUAAUAAUAAUAAUAAUAAUAAUUUGUUACCACAUAUGGAAAACAUGUUAGAUUUUCCGACUGAUAGAAUACAUGACAUAUCAUGGAAUUACAAUCAUCAGCUUAAGCUACCUCAGCUCGAGGAGGCUUCUGAUGAACAGCUUAAAUCGAAUAACAUCGAUAUCUCAUCGAUGUUACUAAACAUGUCUUCUUCGGACACUUCGGUACUUGAAAACAUGGAUUUUGGUGUUCUUCCUUAUAUAAAUGGAGCAUUGCCACAAGAUCAAAUGGAGCAUGUUAGUGUAGAGGAUAAUCAGCAACAUUUAGGAGAUUUUAGUAAUAGGUUGUACGGUGAGGAUGAUGGUCAUGAUCAGUGGGAUGGAAUGGAAGCCAUUGGAUCAAUCCCUAUGAUGGCGGCUAUGCCUGAGAAUUGGAAGUCAUCCUCUUACUUGAUGUGGGAUUGUGCACCACCUUUGUUGUAGA